UCUCGCAGAGCGCGUCGCACGUCCGAGUACCGGCCGCCGCCCGUCAUCAGUAGUCGCCGUACCGCGCAGCCACGUAACCUCUCACCUUCUCCUUAGUUUUUAGUAGUCAGUAGUAGGGGAGAGUGUGAGGAGAGAGAGAGGGAGCGAAAGUGAAAGAAGAAAAACGAAAGAGUUACGAGAAAUAACGAGUACCGGCCGACAGAGAAAAAAGGGAAGAAACGAGAGGUCGACAGCCCGUUUUUUCGUAGCGGUGAUCACCGUACUCCUCGUCGUCGUCGUUGUCUACGUUCUCGUCGUUGUCGUCGUCGUUGUUCCGGUGUUGGUCGUCGUGAACCGGCUCGACGCGACCCAGCGCGUAUAAAAAGUCCGUCAAUUCCCGUAAGUGCGAGCGUGGAAACGAGCGUACGCGCGAAUAAAGUGCGUUUCGUUCGUCUACACCGUCCUAUCGUCGAUAAUCGUGCAGAAGCUCGGCGUGUGUUGCGUAGCAACCAGUGAACGCGCACCCUCCGCCAGAGAACAUCGAGAGUACCAGACCCCGAAGAAACCGAAGACAGGUGAAAAACGUGGAAGAAUAGUGGAGCGCGAAGUCAAAGACGCGAGAGAAGAGUGAGAGCCGCGUGUAAACGAGAGGCUCUCGAAGGAUCAGCGAUAAGAAGUCGGGGGAGAAGACACGUGAAAGCGCGUGCCGUGACAUCCGAAGGUGUCGACACGCGAGCCGUUGUUUGCCAUCGGCGGACCAAACGGAGCAUCGUUCGCCAUACGACGCGAUCGAACGCGGAAGAGCGUGAAUCGAAGCGGCUAUCGGCGAGAUCGGCUGCCGCUGCCACUCGGUACUAGUGUUACCGUUGCCACUGCAACCGCGGUCACGCGAGAGCGUUGCGACAACAACGAGCUGUGCGCCGCGCGCCGCUAUGGAGCCACAGAAUCAGGAAAUCGUAGCAAGCGGCUCCCCAGCCGAGGUGCCGAACGAUCCAGGGAAAAUGUUCAUCGGUGGUCUAUCUUGGCAGACCAGUCCAGAGAGCCUCAGAGAGUACUUCACCAAGUAUGGGGACAUCAUAGAAGUCAUGGUCAUGAAAGAUCCCACCACGCGACGAUCAAGGGGCUUUGGAUUCAUCACGUUCGCAGAUCCCGCAAGUGUAGAUAAAGUGCUGGCACAGGUUAAUCACGAGUUAGACGGCAAGAAAAUCGACCCAAAAGUAGCGUUUCCAAGGAGAACACAUCCAAAGAUGGUGACAAGGACAAAGAAGAUAUUCGUCGGUGGACUAUCGGCACCGACGACGCUGGAGGACGUUAAAAAUUACUUCGAACAGUUUGGCCCGAUCGAGGACGCCAUGCUGAUGUUCGACAAGCAGACCAACAGGCACAGAGGCUUUGGCUUCGUCACGUUUCAAAGCGAGGACGUGGUGGACAAAGUCUGCGAGAUUCAUUUCCACGAAAUCAACAACAAAAUGGUCGAGUGCAAGAAAGCACAGCCGAAGGAAGUGAUGCUCCCGGCGAACCUGGCGAAGACGCGAGCGGCCAACAGAGGCACAUACGAUUUUAUGUGGUCCCUGGGAGCAUUACCUGAUGGUUUCCCAGCGGCGUACGCGGCAUACGCGGCAGGCCGUGGCUAUUCUGGGUACCCUAGUUUCGGACUGCCCUACCCGACAGGAGUGCCGGCAGUGUACUACCACGGAACCGGAAGUGAGAAUGCGAGCCGCGCGUAUACGGAGACACCGAUGCAACACGUCCAACGGACUGCAAUCCGGAAGAAAUUGGAUCUUACCAACGGACAGCUCACCCCCAACAACAACACGCCCUUGCUCACGCAAGCUCUUUCUGUGAUGAACAACUACCAGGCGGCCGCAGCGCAGGCCGGAUUUCCGCCGGCGUCGCCUCACGCGGCCGGCGGCCACGGCGGGCCACAGGGUCGAUCUUUUCCUGCGGCCAACUCGCCGGGCCCCAUCGACAUGUAUAGUUCAAGCGCCGCAGCCGCAGCAGCAGCCGCAGCCGCGGACUCAGCAGUUGCCAGCUACGUCCAGGCCGCAGCUAGUCCGCAGCCCCCUACGACCGCGUUCCCUGCGAUCGCUGUGUCCCGUGCCCCGCUCAACUACAGUCCCGGUCCUCUAAUACCAGCGGCGUUCACUAAUGGCUACCAUUGAGCCUUGUUAAGACCUAAUAACAGGAUGGACGAGAGGGCAGAGCGCAGCACGGUCGACUGACGGUACAGUGAGCGAUGUAAAUGCCUUGGAAGAACUUAUCACAAUGAACGAUCUCUGGACGGAGGAGGAUGCGUACUACCACGAACAACAACCGGAAGAAUCGCGAUUUAGGUUUAUAAUAUGUACGUAGAAGAGCGUAAAAGGUUUCCAACUGCGAGGAGGCUUCGUACUAGCGAAUAUAUAUAGCAUCGAUCGAUUCCGCCAAACUGAAAUCGAUCGAAAGAAAAUUACGCGAUCUUCGAAACGAGACGGCGAAACGCCGAAAAACCGAAAACCGCAUUAGGAAGAAAGGAAACAGGACGAAGACGAGAAGAAAAACGCGAGAGAAAAAAAAAAGGAAAAUUGUACGUCCCGAUCCGUGUCCAGAGCGUAUGCGAGAAAAGCGAUAUAGAAGAGAAAUCAGGGGGGGAAAAAAACGGCGAAAAAAUGAAAAAAGCAAAAGAAACACAAAGGGCGAAAAAGAGCUGCGUGCAGCUAAACUGUGGCCGAAACUGCGUAUUUGAUGCCCGUUCUCCGACAUUAAUAAAGAAUAAUAUAAUAAUAAUAAUGAAUUAAAUUAAUAUUAUUAAUUACUAAACAAUUAAGCGACUAAGUCUAGAGUAUAUAAAUACUAUAUAUAUAAAUAUAUAAAUAUAUAUAUAAAAAUAUAUAUAUAUAUAAAUAAUUGAUAAAUAUUAGACGAUAACGUAUGAUCCUUAGUAUUUAAGGGAAGACGAGAGGAGGACAGGAGGGAGAAAAUACCAACGUACAUACGAAUAUUAUUAUAAUUACUGGUUAUUAUGUAUAACAUUAUGGCGAUUACAAUGAUUAACAAAACAAAAAAAGAGGAAGCCGCGGCGCGCAAGCUCGCGCGCAAUAUACAUAUAUAUAAAUAUAAAUAUAAAUAUGAAUAUAAAUAUAAAUAAAAAAAAAAAUAUAUAAUUAUUAUACGCGUACACACGUUCGCACCCGGGAAGAGCGUUUUCCUUCCGGGCUUUCGUGGUUUAGGACGUUCAGAUGCGGAGAGAGAGAAAGAGUAGAAAGAAUUUUUCGAGGACGGCCGAGAGGGCGAAACGACGGCGCGGAAGGAAGAGGAAAGGCCGGAAAAGGGGGAGGGAGAGGGGCGCGAGGGGGUUGGAGGGAUUAGGUGGAGAUGACGAGGGCGCCUAGGCAGCCCGGAGUGGCUUCGCCCUUUUUCUUUGUUUCUUGCGCUCGCGCGUGUCCGCCACUUCUCGACGUGCUCUUUGCCGACUGAAUGCCGGAAUGGUACUUCUCUCGCCCCGGCGUCGUCGAACCACUCUUCUCUUUUCCCGGGUGUGCAACGAGGGAGAAAAAAAAAUGACGGAAAGAAUAAAAAGCACGGAAAGAGAGCGCGGAGUGGGGGAAGAGAAAAAAAAGUUACAUACAUGCAUAGACACCGCGCGUCACACGGACGACGCGAUGACGCGCGUUAGGAUUACAUUUUCGUCGUUGCGAGGAGGCGAGAAAGGCAAACGCGAGGGCUGAGAACCAAGAUCGACCGAUUCGGGGUUUCGCAAGGCUAUGUAGUUAGACAAACAGAAAGAGAGAUAGAGAGGGAGAGAAAGAGAGAGAGAGAAAGAGAGAGAGUGAGAGAGAGAGAAAGUAUAGAACGCGUGAGAGUGAGAAUGUUCGACUUUUGAGUUGACACGCGCAUCGACGAGCAUAGACGGAAGAAACGCUGUUCGAAAAAAAAAAAAAUGGGAGACGUUAGACUCGCGAGGUCGCAAGAUGGCGGCCGAACGAGAACGCUGGGUCCCGAGCGUUUGUAUCGUCGAAAAUCUGGCCUCAUUCAAUGCCGAAACGAUGACCGUUGAAUUCAAUCGGCUGUUGUAUAGCUGUCCAAUCGAUUUACUUGCAUUAACGUCGGUACAUACAUACAUAUUACCCGUACGCGAAUUAUUGUAUCAUUGAUUUACCAUAAUGGCGUAUAUGCAUGACCCUAUAGAGGAGCCAGUGGAAAACAUAAGCAACGUUCAUCGACACGUCUUUCACACACAUUCACUGUAAACGUACAUAAGACGCCUACACGAUCACCCACACUUACACACACACACACGGAUACGUACAAUUGUAUGUACACAGAGGCGCAUACCGAACACCGUACACUCGCCUGUACAAGCGUCGGCGGCUUCAAACGAGUUCCACGAUCACACGUCACACCCGAAAGAACUCAUACACAACUCCAUAAUGUUACGCGACACAAGAUUGCAUUAAAGGGAAAAAAAAUAUAUAUAUAUACACACACGCAUGUAUACAGUUAUUAUACCGUUCGUCCGCAAUGUACAGAACGUUAGUUAAAGGCGAGAUCGCGAAUCGCUAAUAUAACACGCCACGGGCGCGUUGUACGAGGAGCAGAGACGACAGAAGGGAGACCGCGAAAUGGACGAUGCUCCGACGAAAAGCGAAACUGUGCGUCUGUUCCUCGGAUGUGUGAGAGGUACGAGAGAAAGAGAGAGAGAGAAAGUGACGGGUACGUGUGCGCGAGAGAGUUGUUUAAACAUUAGGAUUUACGAACACCGGUCAUCUAAAAUGCCAUUGAUGUAAAGUAUAAGCGGGCUAGCAAGGAAAGACGCAAACGUGAGAGUAUGAGAAUAAUAAUGUACGUAGCCUUAAUCGAAGAACGACUGGACACCAAAUCUUGCGUUCUUUCGCGCUUCGAGUAUUCGCUGAUUGGACGGGCAAGGAACGAGGAAUAGAAAAAAAAAAAAGAAGAAGAAAUAAAACGGACGCUCCAUUCGAAUAUAUUCGCGAUUGGAUUAGGUUAAUUGUGCCGCGAGGCGUAAUAUCGUUCGGGAAGCAGGGAGGUGUCGCGCGAAACAAUGUCCCUUUUUUUCUUUCUUUCUUCCUUUCGGUCCAUUCGCUAUUAUUGCCGUUCGCGUUGUUCCGUGGCAACGCGCGAUCCUCCGAGGCUCGAAGAGCGCCGGAACGCGCUCGGAACCUCCCUACUUCCGGCGCAGGGAGAACCGUUGACGUGCAUAACUCGUUCUGCGGACUAAUUCACGUAAUUCUGUUGGUAUCGCUGAUCCCAAUGCUGUUUCUUACGAACGCUAUUAUUAUUACGAUUAUUGAAUUCUUGCGAAGUGAGAGUCGACGAGCGAUUAAUUAUAAUUACGAGAGACGACGGAUACACGUGCGACAAUUAUAGUGCGGUUAUUAUUGUAUUCAACAACAGGGUAAACUAACAAAAAAAUGAAAAAAAAAAAAUGAAGAAAACGAAAAAAAGCGUCGAUUUUAAAAUUGGGACGCGUGUCACGUCGAACGGCGGCCAUUUUGUUUUUCUGUGCGCGGGUGUGCGUGCGCGCGAUGAGAAAAUCGAAAACUGUGAGGAGGAAAAAAAAAAAUGAUAAAAAAAAAACAAAAAUAACAUAUAAUACAAAAUAAAAUUAAACGAACGAGUCAAUUGUCGCGAACGUUAGCAAUACUUCGUCAUGACCACAAAUGAUAAAAAAUGGCAAAUAAUGAAUUAAACUAAAAACGAAAAAAAGAAAUGAGAUGAGAAUAAAUAAUGUACACGACUAAACUUAUAUCGCGGGUAACUAAUAUUCUUAAGUUGGUGACGCGUACGCGCGCGACGGGUGAUCCCGCUCGUUCUCGAGAUAGCGGACGUUUACCGCUUUUUAAACGCAGAGGGAAAAUGCCGAUUUCUUGCAAGCGAAACAAAAUGGUAGCUGCUUCGUUACGCAACCCAGGAAUUAACACGAUUGCUGCGUUUGAGGGAAAAAAAAGAGUAUAUGUUUCUGACCAAACGUGGUAUUCGGUGAAAAUAAUGGAUGGAAAAGGAACGAGACGAGAGAGAUAGGAAUAACAUCGAUAGGUCGUAACCUGCGCAGAGAAGUAGCGAAACGAAGUAGCGAGCGUUUGGUUGACGGUACAGGGUUCAGAUGUUUUGCGGUUUUGCCAUUCGUUUCCCGAAUUUCGGCUGUAUUGCAUAGAUAACGCGGAACGGACUUCAUCGCGAAGGAACAGAACCGGGAAAAGCGUCGUAGUUUUGCAAACAUCUUGCGUUACUUUCUUUCUUUGUCGUUACGUUCGGGAGGCAAUUAAGUUAAGCGAGCGUUAAACAGCCGUGUCGGGCGCUUCGCGAAUCGCGGGAUCGCGCUAAUUGUUUAAAUAGACGGAAAGAGAUGGACUUCGCAAAAGAAUAAAGGAAUACACGUAUAUAUAUAUACGAGAACUUGACACUACGGUUCGAGGAACGUGAAAAUUUUUAAUGGGAUUCGUCGUACGUAGAUUCGAGGGUUGCUGAGAUCUGAGCAAAAUGGCAAAAUAAGAAACGCAAGGAGCACACACGCAUAUACGCAAAAAGAAAAGAGAGGUCAUAAUUAAAUGUACAAGUUGUAACUUUUCGCAGUUAGAGUGAAAGGCAUGCUCGAAAGGAUUUUGGGUUCCUCGUGGAUUCCUGACUAAUUAAAUUAUGAAAACGACUGUUUGCAAGGUCUCGUAAUAUUUCAAAAUAUUGGUUGAAUUUGCUUCGUGCAUAACAUACGACUGUGAUGUUCGUUAUCGCUUUUAAACGAAACGUUUUAAUGUUAUUUGUUUCACUUACUUUGUUUCACACGAUGUUUUUGGCAGUCGGUUGUUGCUUUUCUCGACGACAAAGCGGAAACAGCUUUUAACGGGAACCCAGACGACUUUCAACGAGCAUCCUUUGAAAGAGAAUUAUUAUAUAUAAAUAUAUACAUAUUCGAAAGAGAUCUACGAUCAAUUAUUAAUUAGAACAAACAGGCAAAGAGAAUGCGAUCGACAUACAUGCGUGUUAAUUGCGAUGGCGGGGGUAAGAAAAAAAAAGAGUAGCCAGGGGAGGGAGAAGUGGUAGGGAAAAAGAAAGCAAGAGCAAACAAAAUAUAUGUGAGUACAGUCCACGCGUUUAUAUUUAUAAAUAUGAAAUACAUUAAUAUUGAAAUAUUACGUCUAUAUCUACAUCUAGUAUAUAUAUAAAUAUAUAUAAAUAUAAAUAUACAUAAUGAACGAUUAAGAAAGGCAAGAAGUAUAUUAUGUCUAUAUAAUAAACGAUUAAGGCGACAAACAAACAAACAAAACAAAAAUAUGAUGAUUACAGAGAUGAACAGAUAUAUUGAGCCAUUGUUUUAUGCAUUUGUAUAUAUAUAUAGUUAUUGAUGUUUUAAAAGCUAAUUAUACUAUUGUACUGAAAAUUUUCCGAUCACCAACGAUCGUGAGAGAAAAACAGAGCGAGGGUGCAAACCGGGAUUGGGCGAGAACCAGAAAGUUAGACGCGGAAAGGAGACACGAAACGAGGGGAAAGGAAUGCGACCGAGGCGAGCUCGUUGUGCGAUGCAGUCCAGUCUCUUUGUGAUGCUUUUUCUUUUUAUCGGGGGGAUUUUUCGCGAAGAAACGAAUCGAACGCGGCAGAAUUAGGGCAAAGAAAGUAAAAGUUAGGAAAAACACGUCGCUCGCUGAUCGAUCGAGCUCGAUCACUCGUCGCGCAAAUUACACGCUCACACGAACUCAUAUACACGUAUGUGAACACACAGACACAGACACACGUAUUUAUAUAAAUAUAAAUAUACACGCGUAUAAGUGAUAAGUAAUAUUUACGAUAAUCGAAGAAAGAAAUAUAUAUAUACACAGCAAGAAAAGGCGGGAAUGGAGGUCACAUUGUAAAGAGAGUGCGAGGAAGAUGUUAAUUAAUUAAUUAAUUAAAUCGAUUAUUGUCGUUCCGUGGUUGAACGGUGAAAUGGAAGUCAGAAUCACACGACUAAACAGAUUUACAAGUAGAAACAAGUUUUGGUACACAGGCGACACACAGGCAGUUACACGUAUUUAGAUACGUAUACGUGCAUGUAUACAAAAAAAAAGAAAAACGAAAAAAUGCAGUGAAAUAGCAGCCAGUUUAUGGUAACUUAGUCUAAUCGUCGCUUGAGUGCGAGUAGCGGUUGUAAUUAACAUUUUUCUUGUUCUUGUUACCAUUACAAUUAUCGUCAUCGUGGCGAACACGGUUUCUAAAGGAAUGGGUAAUGCAACACGAGUACCAAUUGGUUUCUGAUUUAUCCUGUUACUUGUACAGUUGGGAAAAAAUUCAGUUUCGUCGUUCGUUUCGAUUCUCGUUGAUGAUAGUUGUAGUCGUGAAUGAUUUCGAUCAUUUCGUAAAAACCGAGUCGAAGUAUCGUGAUGUCGUUCGAUCGUACGAUAUUUCGUAGAGGAUAAAGCAAUAUCGAGUAAUAAUCGAACGAAAAAGCCUCAGUAAAUGAAAACAACAUAAUCCAUAAUGCAUUUAAGGGAUCGUACGCGCAAAAUUGUUUAAAAAUUGAUCGGUUCAAUGGCGGCACGGUAUGCGUUCACGAUUGAAUUCGUACCGUUCGGGCUUGGCCGAAGAGCAAUAGUCGCUCGUGCGUGUACGAUCAACAUUUUAAAAUAAUCUUUCACCUUCUCCAUUAAUAAUAAAGAUAAACAGUUCCUCUUUCGGAACAGAGACGAACAGAGUGGCCCGAACGAUUUAAGCGCCAUUUUUAAUUCUAUCAUCUUCCAAACCAUACGCUCUAUUGCAUGAAUUAUACGUUACACGUUACAAAUUAUAAAACGAUAUUGUUUCACGGUUGUUCGUGCGUCUGUAAAGUAAUUAACAUUCGAACGGAACAAUAAACGACUGAACUGGAUGAUAAAAACGUCAGUCUCUCGAACCCCGUAAAACGUGUUUCGACAAAUUUUACAGGGUCGUUUCCCUCGGAAUCAGGCAAUUUCUCGGAUUUAGGAUAAAACUGUUUCAUCACACUUCUCAACCACGCGUUUCCCUACGACAUAACGAGAACAAAUACCGCUCGAGGCAAAUUUACGCGCGCACACACCGGCACGUGCAUGCAAAACACGAUCGAACUCAUCCGAACAAAACAAAACGUACACGCCGAAAUUUCUGCACGAACUAAAUAAAAAAAAAAAACAAAAAACCAAAAAAGCAAAGAAAGACAAAGGGGAAGCAAGGGGCAAACAAAAAAAAAAAAACUGAAUAAUUUCACUUCGUUUCACGGAUUCGUCGAUAUCGAUCCUUCGAUCACUUUCUGCGCACCCUCUAUUUCUUGACUGCUGAUAUGUUUCCUAGAACGGCUAGUUUAGCGUACUUUUUGCUGUGCGACGCGAAUACGCGCGAUUUCGUUUUGGUUUCCUCAACUGACAGAAGCUGACGCGACAGGAAGUACAUACGUGCGUUUGUCGUACGAACGAAACGCGCGCGCGCGAUGUCACAAUGUUCGAAAACAAACCCCCGUCGCUCUACGCGCGAUGUGAAUGAGUCGAGUAAGAAAGAGAGAAAGAGAGGGAGAGAGAGUGUGUGCGUGUGUCUGCAUGAGACAGGGUGUAUGAGAGGAAUUCGCAAAAGUCCGUAGAUAGAUAGACAAUUUUCGAAACAUCGUUUUCAUGCGUACGAGAAAACAUCACCGAAAUCUUGCUGCGACACGACACCGCGUUCGGGCAACUUUCCUCGCCAGAAAUAAUUAAUAUUCGGCCGAAAUUUGCCCGGCACCAUUUGUCUCUGGUGUUCGUUCAGCCUCCCAUAGUCUCGUUGCAAAAUGUCGAACGGGGGAGAGCGAUCCAACGAGUGCACGAUGCACGGUCGAUGGAGUUUCAAGUCAGUUGUAAUAUAAUCGAUCGACACGGGAUCGUGACCUUUGGUGACGUUCGGUGAAACGUCGCAGCCAAGAUAUAGGGUAAAGGAUCCUACAGAGGAGUUUACUUUUACUCGCGCGUCAAGGGAACAUGUGGGCUUACGAAGCUCACGCGUUUAUUAUUAUUAUUAUUAUUAAUAUUAUUAUUUUUGUUUUUCUUUUCUGUUGACUUAUGUAUUGUAAGAAUUAUUAUUGCUAUUGAUCAUCAUUACGACUAAUGUUAUUAUUGGAUAGUAUUACCACAAUACGUCCGCUAUCGUUUGCUAUCUGUCAAAACGCAAUAAUCGCUAUGUUACGAAUACGAUUGUCCGUUGUAUUCGAGGUGACUUCGUUUUUUCAAGUUUUUACCGAGUACGCGGCCCGGACGAAAUCGCCCACGCGGCUCGUCGGCGAUAUCAACGAUGAAGCAUUUUUGUAAACUUCCACGUACCAAACAGACUAAUAGAGGAAUAAAGCUAUCUGUGUAGAGGAAUCUGUUCAACGAAGUACCGAUAGAGUCGACUCUGCGCGCUCGCCGCUAGUUACCAGUGUUAAUUAAUUAAUAAAAGAAAAAGAGAAGAGAAUAAGAAAAUAAAAAAAAAAAAAAAAAACGACGAACCGGUGGCGGAUUCGUUCGUGUCGCGAGCCGAAUGCAAUGUGAACGUAACCCCAUACGAUAUGUAUGUAUAUAAUAUAUUAUAUAUGCACACGCAAAGCAUAAAUAUUACGAUAAGUAUAUAAUCAUGUAAUUACACGUGCACACGUUCGGAUGCGCAGUUACAUGUAAUCUGUUAAUAUUCUUCCUGCGUGCAACAAGGACAACAGCCACGAGCUUCGAUGAAGUUUUGCUAACCGUCGUACGGCGACCGCGUACGAGUUUAAUUCAAUACUCGCUAUUAUCGAAAAUAUUAGUUUCUUUUCUCGGCGCUCGCGGAACGUUCGCGCGAUUGUCCUGUGCUCGAUUCGCCGCAAACGAUGGUUACACGGUGAACCAUUCGUUUCACGCGAAGCAUCGAUGUCUCCGAUUUACGCGUUGAUACUUCAACCAACUAGUCAAAAAACGUUCUGAUCAUUAUUUCUCACUUUGCCCACGGCCUCGAUCGAACCGACUACCGAUCGUACCGCUUUCCUAAUUGUCGAUAAACGUUUAAUAUUCUUUUAUCGUAAUAUUUCGUUAACGUGCAAAACGUUCCUCUUUUUUACCCCGCAAUACGCGACUCUCGGUUGCACGCUAUUCAGUCGCACGACGUCUACACUCAUCGCUAUCGUGACUUUCUUCGUUUACGCUAUUAUGUCAUCGCUCCAGUUUUGCGGUAAAUGUUCGGUACCCGUUCGUGCAACCCGUAAAGGAAAACGCGAUAGUAACCAUGAUGCAAACGUUUCUUCCUAGGGUACUCUUCCCCAUCGUGACUGUGUUUGAAUCGGUCAAACCGAGUUUGUUACACGCAUUACAAACGUUCGUUUUGUUCGUUCGCCAGGUCGGAGAUACGAAUCGAUACAUAAGAGAAUCGCGUGUCUUCGAGAUAACCGUAGCAGUCGUGAUCAGAGAACAAAAAACGAAACGUUUCGUUCGUGUUGUUUCGUUUAUUUUCUACUUCACAUAUCAGUACCGAUCGUCGAGAUCUAGAAAUUUCUGUUUCGUAGUCGAACGCUACAACACCAACCGUUCCGUAAUCGUAGAUUGUUCAUCGCGGUUUUCUUUCCUAUCAUCGUACAGAAUAAUUAGCGACGACGUUAUUGCAUCGUAAAUUGUGCCAUUUAUUCCCGUUUCGCCUUUUUGAUUUUCGCCGCGACACGAAACGAACAGUCACGUAAACGUACACACGAACAUACCGAUUACAACACGAGCACAAUAUUCAUUCGCCUCUUCUGUAAGGUAACGGUGGGGAAAAUAAAAAAAAAAGAAGUUCUCUAUAGAACUUGUAAUACGAAAUUAAAGAGAGAAGAACAAGAAGUCUGAGAAGCAAUUUUAAUCGAUUCGAAAUUUUUAUGGGGAACCGCAUCGUGAUCAUUGUGUGUAUGUGUGAGAAACAAAAUAUUUACGAAUUUCGAGCACUCGCUUCUCCCAAUUCGUCGUUGUCCUUACUUUUGUGAUAUCUUUUCGUUCGUGGAAACAAAGAACACCGAAUGUUCCGUGUACACGGCAUGUUAUGAAUUCCGGGAGCCUGAGAAUUCUCGUCGUCCGCGAUCGUCGCGCUAGGAAAAAGAAACCAUAGUCGCGAUUCUGUUGUAACACGCGGCACGGAACGAGAAACUUUUUAAAAUAUUUUUUACGAACGCCUCGCGAUGACACGAGCAAAAGGCGGAAUAGCAUGAAAGAAUGGAACGGAAGCUCGGCGGCAUGGUACAGCUUGCGAUGAGGAAACUUGCAAUAUAACAAGCAAUAAAUAAGUCAUUUUUAAUUCCAUGUAUAUUAAACAAUUAUGUGGAUGCUUAAUGAGAUUUAUUGACUUAAACGAGCAAAGACAACAACUAAAACGAAAUACCGAUUUUACAUAUUCUUACUAAUCGUAAACGAUUACAAUACGUA